AUGGCCUACUGUAACGCACCCCUAAAGGUCAUCACACAGAAUUGUAGAGGACUCAACAUACCUGAACGGAGGACGCACCUGUUACGGGAAUUGAGGAAAAAACAUGUGGCUAUAGCUAUGCUCCAAGAGACGCACUUCAAGGAAGGUUCUACUCCUAGACUACGGAAUAGGCAUUACCCCGAUAACUACUUCUGUAAUCACCCAACGGCCCACAAAUCUGGAGUGGCUAUAUUACUAGCUGCGGAACUGGAAUUUAAAGAAUUGGACCGCGUUCAAGACUCACAGGGACGAUAUCUCUUCCUCAAGGGCAUCAUAGCAGAUAAGAUAUAUACCAUUGCGACUAUUUAUGUGCCCAAUCGGAGGCAGGCCCCAUUUAUCCGCAACGCCAUGCAUCAAUUGGAAGACUUCACGGACGGGAUACUAUUAGUAGGAGGCGACUUCAACGCCCCCCUGGACCCAACGCUGGAUUCCUCCACGGGUCAUAGCUGCCUUCCACAACACAGCAUUAGCUCCAUUCGACAAUCCAUGGAAGCCCUGAGACUGGUGGACUGUUGGAGGACACUUCACCCCACGGGGAAAGACUAUACCUACUACUCCGCCCUUCACAAUCGUUAUUCCCGUAUAGAUUACAUCCUCAUUGCACAGGAAGGCCUUUCCCACCUACGCGGAGCAGAGAUCGAAACGGCCACCUGGUCGGACCAUGGAUCGGUCGGGAUAGAAUUGGAAUCGCCCCUGUACAGACCGAGGAAGUGGACCUGGAGACUUAAUGAAGCCCUACUGCUUGACCCAGGCACCAAGGACCAAAUCCGACAAGCACUGGAACAAUACUUCGGAGAGAAUGAUACCCCGGAGGCUUCUCCGAUUUCUGUAUGGGAAGCCCACAAAAGUGUGCUUCGAGGCAUUCUCAUACGCAUUGCCUCCCAGAAGCGGAAGGCAUUCAUGCAAGAAAUGGUUGACUUAUAUCGAUCUAUAUCGACCCUGGAACGCCAACACAAACGCUCCCAGCUAAACGCAGUAUACGGAGAAUUAAUGGAGCACAGGAGACGACUUAAAGAUCUCAUCCUGAAAAGGCAUCUCCGAUCCGUACAACGCUCGAAGGGCUUUUAUUAUGUGCACGCCAACAAAGGGGGUAAAUAUCUGGCGAGACUACUGAAAGGCCCCUUGCCCCAUAGACAGAUACGUAAGAUUCGCUUGACCACGGGAGAGAUCUCCCCAUUCCCUCAGAAAAUAGCCGGUGAAUUUAGGUCUUUCUAUGAACACUUAUACAAUCUGUAUACGCCCAACGGAGCCACCGACGCAGCUGGAGAACGCACAAAGAUACAGAAUUUCCUGGAUGGCACAGUCACUAACACGAUUGCCCAGGAGUCGGCAACGCUUUUGGACACCCCGAUCAUG